UUUUAAUCUUUUCCUAUGCUAUGACUGUUCUGUUAUUAACUGCAGACACAGACACACAACAUCAGAUGUCAAAUUCUUCUUCUUCUUCACUCACUCCCUCUGCUUGAAAUUGGAAGUUACAUAAAUUGAAGGAUUUGAUUGCAUAAUUUACAAUCAACUGAGCCCAAGCUAUGAGCACUGUGAACCUGAGUAAAGAUCCUGAUCAUCUCAUUGUUCUUGUCCAUGGUAUCUCGUCUAGCCCAUAUGACUGGACUUAUGCAGAGGCUGAGUUAAAAAGGCACCUUGGAGAGAAGAUUUUAAUUUAUGCUAGUUCAUCAAAUUCUUACAACAAGACAUUUACUGGGAUCGAUGAAGCUGGGAAGCGAUUAGCUGAUGAAGUCGUGCAAGUUGUGAAAAGCACAAAGAGCCUGAAAAGAAUAUCCUUUCUGGCCCAUUCUCUAGGAGGCCUAUUUGCUAGAUAUGCAAUUGCUGUCCUUUAUUCACCUAAUAGUAAUACCUAUGAUAGUGGCCAACCUGGUGAUUCGACAAACUGCAUGAUGGAAAAUUCACAGAGAACAGAAUUUUCAAGAGGAACAAUUGCUGGUUUGGAGCCGUUAAAUUUUAUUACUUUAGCAUCUCCACAUCUUGGCGUAAGGGGAAAAAAGCAGCUUCCGUUUCUAUUGGGUGUUCCAAUCCUAGAAAAGCUUGCUGCACCUAUAGCUCCAUAUUUUAUUGGUCGGACUGGUAGUCAGCUAUUCCUUACUGAUGGUAUAUCCAACAAACCACCCCUUCUUUUGAGAAUGGCUUCUGAUUGUGAAGAUGGAAAGUUCAUAUCUGCACUUGGAGCAUUUAGAUGUCGUGUUCUUUAUGCUAAUGUAUCAUAUGACCAUAUGGUUGGGUGGCGCACGUCCUCUAUACGGAGGGAGAUCGAACUCGGUAAGCCUCCAUGCGAAUCUUUGGAUGGAUACAAACAUAUUGUUAAUGUAAAAUACUGCCCCCCAGUUCCUCUUGAGGGGCCUCAAUUUCCUCCACAGGCAGCGAAAUUAAAAGAGUCUGCACAGAAAAACCAAAAUACUGUGGAAUAUCAUGAAAUUGUGGAAGAGGAGAUGAUACGGGGACUACAGCAAUUGGGAUGGAAGAAAGUUGAUGUCAACUUCCAUUCAACGUUCUGGCCUUUCUUUGCACAUUACAACAUACAUGUGAAAAAUGAACGUCUUCACAAUUCUGGUGCAGGAGUAAUCGCUCAUGUUGUUGACAGCUUAAGACAGCAAGAAACAUCAUCAAUUUUGGCGUCAAGCUUUUAGCCACUGUUUAUUUUCAUAUGCCUGAGACCAUAUAGUUUCAUUAUUUUUAUACAAAUAUUUAAAAAUAUUAAAUAAGAUGUAACAAAUAAAUAAAAGUAAGAAAUAAAUGCAGAAAUUGUCAUCUAAAAUCAAACAAACUUUUAAUUUCACUAUAAAACAUAAAUGCCAUCGGCAUUUGGAAAAAAAGUGGGUGAAAUCUAGAAGCUUUUUGUUAUUGACAACUUGACAUUGUUAAAAGAUUUGUCUAUGUUGAACCCUAUGUCAUGCUUGGGUGUAUUGUUAAAUCAUUUUAUUUAAUUUCAACCUUUGAUAAUUGAUAUGAGA